UGAUAGAAGAGACAGCAAUUUUCCUCUGUGCACAAUGCCCCCGACGCCUGGAUAUCUCAAUAUUUGUCCUGUUGUCCUUGGACGCCAGGUUCAACACAUUCUGAUCAAAUUACUUCCUGCAUCCGUACCUACUGCCUGUGAUCGCAUAUGUAUGCGAUCUUAUCUUCGGAGGACUGUUGUUCUUCAUCCACGGCAGCAAUCCAAGCAUUCUUAUUGUUUGCCAUCCUCCUGUCACCAUCAACCAACAAACAAGACCAUAGAACGUCUUUUUACACAGCCGUUCCUGUCGUCCAGCUUUCUCUCACACUUCCAACUCACUAGAAAAAACGGCUCUCCAUCUCUGCGACGCAACUCGUUCCUCUCUUCCACCAUGGUGACUCCCGAUCUCAUCCCCAAUACACCACCGCCCGUGCCACGCAGAGAGCGAUCUUCCGCACCAAGUCCACCAUCAGCCCCUGGAAAAUACCUGGCCUUGGCCAGAGUUCGCCAGGCUGAGACGGCCAGAUGUUUCCGGAAUGCUCGAGAACACAGAGAUUACCUCCCUCACCUCCCAAUAAAUGUCCUCACGCAGAUCAUCACCGAGUUGUACAAGGACAGACUCAUGCUCGUGCGCCAGACAGCGGAGAAGACACGCAGUCAGCCAGAAUUUGCGAAGACCGAGCGCUGCCAACUAUUACUCACCUGCAAGUCCCUUUGUACCGCGGCAAGACCCAUGAUGUACUUGCUGGUCGAAUUCGCCUUCCAGACACCCGAAUCCUUUGCCAAAUUCUUCACCAUGGACACAGUAGAUGGGGCCGAGCGCUGCUUUUUGACCCGGCAUGUGAUGUGUGAGAACGUCCAACUACAUCCAGCUCUGUAUAACAUGAUCAACAUCCUCUUUGUGGACGUGGAGGAUGUAGCGGUCAUCCUUGAUGACAUCGACGAAUGCUAUGAGGCGGACUGUGAAGACAACGACCAGAUGGAGGACAUGGAGACCACGGACUCAGACGUCAAACACUAUGGCGAUGCAAGUGGAAUGUUCCCAUGUUUUGACGACGAUGAUUAGAAGAUAUGUCAAUGGUAGUGCAGGAGACUGUCAUCAGUGAAAGCGAAUGACAAAGACGACCUUCCCGAACCCAUCCCACCCCUGAUUUCCCAAGACACUUACCGUGUUUUUGGGAGGUCAUUCUUGUUGUUCAUGAUUACAGCGAACACCUGCCAUGCCAUCGCUGUUGGAGAGUAAGCAGUGGCCGAGGCGGCUUACUUGGUCACGUGAGUCGAUGUCCAGACACUGUGGGUGGACGUCUGGCACAAAAUGCCAUCGUGUUGGCCAGAAUCAGCCUUUGUCAAGGUCAGUAAUCACUGAUGCUUUGUCUGUUGACCAGCAAAGCUGAGGAAACAUCGGACACAAUCAAAAGGAGGCCUCAACGGCAGGGCGAAUCGAGAAUACUUCUAUUUUUGGCUACUG